CCUUCUCCCCUCCCCCUCCUCCCUCGGCCAGCGGCCGGGAGGCUCUGGGCUUUUAUCUGCUGACCCGCGGGAGGGAGUCAGGUCCCUGCGAUCUUCCCCCACCCGAGCGCUCUGCCCGGCGGCGGCGGCGGCGGCGGCGGCGGCUCUUAGCCGAGUUUUGCCUCCGCGUCCCCGCCAGCCCUGAGCCCGCGGGGGCUGACUGCCCGUCCCGGCGUGCGAGAGGAUGGUGAUCCGCGUGUUCAUCGCCUCCUCCUCGGGUUUCGUGGCGAUAAAGAAGAAGCAGCAGGAUGUGGUUAGAUUUCUGGAAGCCAACAAGAUAGAGUUUGAGGAGGUGGAUAUCACGAUGUCAGAAGAACAAAGACAAUGGAUGUACAAAAACAUCCCCCCAGAAAAGAAGCCUGCUCAGGGCAACCCUCUGCCACCUCAGAUAUUUAAUGGUGACCGAUACUGUGGAGAUUAUGACAGUUUUUUUGAAGCAAAGGAAAGCAACACGGUCUAUUCAUUUUUAGGCCUGAAACCACGGUUGGCAUCAAAGGCAGAACCUUAGAGAAGACGAGUGGAAGAUAACGGAGAUGCAUUUUGGAGCGCCCCCUGGUCCUCAGCACACACCUGCUUACCUAAUGCAUCACUGUGACUAAAGCCACGUGCAUCAUCAGUAACUUUGCUUGCCAUGGAAAAGGUGUUUUUAGAAGACAUGGGUAUAAUGGGGUUGCAUGAUUGCUUAGAUCCAUAUCAGGACUGUGGUGGUUUUUCCCUUAUUUUCAAAAUUGCCUGCAGUUGCCUCAUUCACCUGGAGGUACUCAAACCUGUUACAGGUGUGCUUCCUUAAUGACUGAAAGAUAAAGUGGGUGGCACCAUUGGAGAGAAGAUGUUGGAUCUGCCCUAGGUUGUAGUUGAUGCCAGUAUUGCUCAGACCUGCCUCUCUUUAAGCAGCCUGGAUCAUAU